AUGAAGCUCAACAAAAAAAUUUCUUGUGAUGCUUUUAACAAUCUUUCUCCACCACAAGAAUAUGUUGAGUUGGCACAAGACAUAAUAAGAUAUUCAGGUGGGCUACCAUUAGCUCUUGUGACAUUGGGGUCACAUUUGCAAGGGAGAUCUAGUGUUUUCCUUCAUAUCGCUUGCACCUUUAAUGGAUGUUAUGCGGAUGAAGUUACCAAAAUAUUAAAUGCGUGUGGAUUUUAUUCUGAAAGUGCAAUUUCAACGUUAGUCCAAAGGAACUUGCUCCAAAGGGAUUGGCCUUAUUUGGUGAUGCAUGAUCUUGUGCGGGAUAUGGGAAGAGAAAUCGUUCGCAGGGAAUCAACUCGAGACUUCGGAAAACGAAGUAGAUUGUUCAACCCGCAAGAAGGUUUCAAAAAAGUAGAAGUACUGGUGGUAGAACAACGGGCAUUAAAGGGUAUGAAGUUGAGUACCAAAGCAUUUCAGAAAAUGAUAAAACUUAGGGUGCUUAAAAUCGAUAACUUACAUAUUAGUGGAGAUGUUGAGCUGUUGUCCAAGGAGCUCAGAUGGUUGUCUUGGAAAGGAUGUCCUUUGAAAUGUGUACCAUCAAAUUUUCCAGCUGAGAAACUUGUAGUUCUGAAUAUGAGAGGGAGCAAUAUCCAAGAAUUUGGUUUGAAUUUGCAGGUUUGUUACUCAAUUCUGCAAUUUCAUGUGUACUGUUAUAUUGCAAUUUCAUGGUUUGAUGAUUGCAAGCGCCUCAGAAGUACUCCAAACUUCAAGGGUUCACAAAGUCUCGAGACUUUGUGGCUUCAGAAUUGCUCAAGUCUAAAGGAGAUUCAUCCAUCAAUAGGAAAUUUGGACAGACUAAUUUGUCUGAUGAAGCAGUCGUUACGAAUUAAUCUUGAAUGCAAUGAGAUUCCGGAUUGGUGCAGCAAUAAAGUAACAGCUCCAUCUAUUUGUUUGACUAUGCCCACGGUACAUAAUAAGGAGUAUAAGUUCUCAGGAAUGGUUCUCUGGUUUGUUUACCCCUUAUGCGAUGUAAUCCUUCUUCAACACUUCAUUGUUACUGUUGCCUAUAUCUGCCUUCAGCUUUUCCGUGGACUUUGCCUACUGUUGCCUAUAUCUGCCUUCAGCUUUUCCGUGGACUUUGCCUUUUGA